AUGACAAGCAGCCUAACGAAAUUCGAUACUGGUCAUGAGGAUUUAAUACACGAUGUAGCCUAUGAUUUCUAUGGAAAGAGGCUUGUCACUUGUUCCUCUGAUCAGAAAUUAAAAGUAUGGGACUUUGUAGAACGUGAGGAUUGCUCAGUUUGGGAACUAAGUGACUCCUGGAAAGCCCAUGACUCGUCCAUUCUAAAGGCAAUUUGGGCCAGACCAGAGUAUGGCCAAGUCAUUGCUAGUUGUUCCUUUGAUAGACAAGUUAAGAUUUGGGAAGAACAGCCAACAGAGCCUAGAAACAGUCAAAAGAGAUGGGUUGAAAGGUUUCGACUGGUUGAAUCAAGAGGCGCAGUACUCGACAUAUCAUUUGCCCCUACACCAAAUUCGUUACGAUUGGCCACUUGCUCUUCAGAUGGUAUAGUUAGAAUAUAUGAAGCGCUGGAGCCGACAAACCUCGCCCAAUGGUCACAAAUGGAAGAAUUUGAAAUAUCUUCAUCUAUCCCCAACACACCACCAACAGGACAGCAGCCGCAAGGUCAGCAAGCGUUACCUCAACCACAACCACAAGGUCAGAUUCAACAACAGUUGCAACAGACUUCGCCCUAUCAAUCCCAACUCCAGCAACAGUUCCAACAGCUGCAACAACAUCAAUCUCAACUACAACAACAGUUGCAGCAGUAUCAGCCACAAUCACAGCAUCCUCAGCAACCUGUCAAUACCAAAAGUACAAGUUCCAGCGGAAGUUCAAUAAAAAGUCAUGGUUUAUCUACACCGGGCGUGCCUGAUGUAUCUACGAUGACAAGUACAACUGCAGGAUUCAUUCAGGGAAUAUCUCCUAGCUCGACAGCAGGCAUAGGGGAACAGACAAAUGCAGGUAGUAUUCAUCGUCCGAUUGAUGCCGAUAGCGGAUAUUGCAUUGAUUGGUGUCCCAACAGAUCGAAUACAGCCAUGAUGGUCGCGGGACUGGGUAAAGAGAAAGGGGCAAGAAUAUUUAAACAUGAUGGACACAAUAGAUGGAUACCAGGAGAGAUACUACCAGGACAUACACUAGAGGUUCAUGAUGUCAGUUGGGCACCUAAUUUAGCAAGAUCUUAUCAACUAAUAGCUACUGCAUCCAAGGACCAGUAUGUUAGAAUUUACAAGAUAACAGAAUCUACACAGCUGACUCAGCAACAAAGGGGAAGCAGUAGUAAUCGAAUGCCUAUAUCACCUGCUGGAACACCUACACAACAACAGUUGAAUAAACCACUCAAUGUUGAACUCAUUGCAUCUUUUCCUGAUCAUAAGGCAGAGGUGUGGAGAGUUGAAUGGAAUGUUACUGGAACUAUCUUAUCUUCAUCUGGAGACGAUGGUAAACUAAGGCUUUGGACAGCAGGUUAUGAUGGAAAAUGGAGACAAAUGGCCACAGUGACAGCAAACCAACAAGCCCUACCAUCAACAUAA